UAUUCAGACAGAGGGACAGACUCCACCAGGACACACACCUGUGGGGUUUUCUCCCUCCAGGUUUCAGAGGGCGCAGCCUCCUUUUAUCCUGAACUCCCGGCCACAUGUUGCCCUCUUCCUUUCCCCAUGGCUGAGGCACUGGGAAGGCACAGCCUUCCCCAGCCUCCUACCACAAAUUCCCCCCUUGAGCCUGCUGUGUUAGCCCAAAGCUCAGAACCUCAGGCUGUGCAGUCCCUUGUCUGUGUCAGGAGCCGGGCUCUGCAACAAACCUGCUGCCCAAAGCCAGCAGAGACACUGGGACCCAUUUCAAACACAUUUAACCUUACACCUUCACCCAUCGAAUUCUUUGUAAAGACAUCAGCUUCCCUCUCACCGGGGAGUUAAAGUCGUGAGGAAAUUUCCCAGGAAAGCAGUGGAGAUCCUCUAAGCAGAAGGAAAAAUCGUAGACGGGCAUGGAGGACUCUAGAAAGCAACAAAGACAUUUCCCAGGAAAUAAGGAGGAAAUAGCCUGCAAAGUGACUGGGAAAUUUCCUGGAGAACAACGGGGGAUUUUUUAGGAAGGAAGUGGUAAAUUUCCUGGGAAACAAAAGGCAGUGUUCUGAAAACCCAUGUAGAGUGCCUAGCAGGCAGAAGGCGAGUUCCUGGAAAGGAGAAAUUUCCUCAAAAACAAGCAGCACAUUGCGAAAAAAGCUUCAGUCCCGUAUUUCAGCCCCACUGACCCCUCCACGCUUUGCCGGUCCUCGGGUAAGGAAGUGGAGAUGCCUCUCAGGGAGCCUGGGUUGGUGUCGCUGCUCCGGGCAGAGCCGGGCGGUCGCUGCGGCCGCCCCGGAGCCGCCUCUGCCGGGGACCGGCGCUGGUUCCCCUCCGCCUCGGCGCCGAGCGCUGCCCGCCGCACUUUGUCAUUUAUUGGUUUGUCAUUUCUGGCAGCACGGCUUACCCGGCAAGCCAAGGCAGCCGGGAGCAGAAGGAUUAAAACAAACAUCUGUACACAACGCGGGGGUUUCCAGCCCCGGGAAGCCCCGGCCGCCCCCUGCGCUGCGGGAGCCCCACCCUCCGCUUCAGGUGCGGUGUAUUUAUUUGGGGUUUGCGCGGGGCCGGAGCAUCCCGCGGGCGCUCCGGUAGCGGCGGCACCGCCCCGAGGGAGCGGGGCAGUUUCACUUUCGGAAGGGACACGUGAUUUCCAGGAAAACGGGACGGCGGAUAAAGAAUCGGGCAGGAGGCGGCCGCCCCCGCGCCGAGGUCACCGCCCGGCUCGGCACGGACCGGACCGGCCCGGUUCGGCUCGGCUCUGCGCACCCGGCACCAUGGCAGCGCCGGAGAAGGAGGGGGAAGCCCAGAAGCUGCGGUUCGGGCCGUGGCUGCUGAGCGCCAUCGACAGCGGGAGCUACCGCGGGCUGCGCUGGAUCGACUCUGCCCGCACCAUCUUCCGCGUCCCCUGGAAGCACAACGCCAGGAAGGACAUCACCAGCAGUGACCUGGAGGUCUUCAAGGCUUGGGCGAAGGUCAGUGGGCGCUAUGAGGAAGGCUCCGAGGACCCGGCCAAGUGGAAGACCAACUUCCGCUGUGCCCUGAGCAGCACCCACAUGUUCAGGCUGGAAUACGACCAUUCCAAGCGUGGUGAUGACCCCCACAAGGUCUUCUCCAUUGUCUCAGGUACUCUCCUUUCAGCUACCCUCCAGGACAGUAAGGAGGGAGAUUCCAGCAUCCUGAACCCUGUGGUGGCCCAGCAGGAGGAAGAUUCCAGCAUCCCGAACCCUGUGGUGGCUCAGCAGGUGGCACAAGAGCAGCUGCAGCUGGAGCUCCACCCCCAAGACAUGGCAUCAGCAAUCACUGUCCCAGAAAGCACGGACCCCACACAGCUCUCAAUCCUGGAGGAGCUGCUGCAGCAGUGUGGCAUCUCUCCCCGCGACUUUGGCUCGCAGGCUGCAUCCUGGGUGCCCGCAGGUGGUUACCCUGCAGGGGACACUCCUCACCAGGAUGCCCUGCUCCAGCCUCACCAGGACGCCCUGCUCCAGCCUCACCAGGACACCCUGCUCCAGCCUCACCAGGAGAUCCUGCUCCAGCCUCACCAGGACACCCUGCUCCAGCCUUACACAGACACCAGCCAAAACAGCUGCUCCCCUGCCACGACAUUUCCACAAUGGGUGGAGCAGCCCACCUACCAACCAGCGGGCCUCAUGCCACCAGAGCAGACAGGGGCCGUGCCACGGCCGUGCCCCCCGGCGGAGGGCACGGUGCCCGUGCAGUACGCGGCCGAGGCCACGCUGUUCGCGCCUGCCGCCAGCUCCGUGCCGCAGCCGCGGCUGCUGCGGGCUGACUCAGAUGGCAUCCUGGACGUCACCAUCUACUACCGGGGGAAGGAGUUCCACCGGGAGGUGGUGGGGGGCAGCCACUGCCUGCUGACCUACCAGCCCCCCGGCCUGGCGGAGGCGCCGUGCCCCUGGCAGGUGGUGCGCUUCCCCAGCCCCGCCGGCGUGGCCGACGGCAAGCAGCGCCGCAUCACCGAGGAGCUGCUGGGCGUGGCGGGGCUGCAGCUGGAGAUCCGCGCCUCCAAGGUCUUUGCCACCCGCCGGAAGAAGUGCAAGGUGUUCUGGGCCUUGUCCCAGCAGCUGGAAGGGGGCGAGGAGCCCCCGCCCAACCUGCUCUGCCGGGACCAGGAAACGCCCAUCUUUGACUUCAACGAGUUUUGCACGGAGCUGUGGGACUUCCACAUCGGCCAGAGGCGGCGAUCCCCUGAUUUCACCAUCUACCUCUGCUUUGGGCAGGCCUUCUCCAAGGCCAAGCCUAAGGAAUCCAAGCUCAUCCUGGUCAAGCUGGUGCCCAAGGUCUGCGAGUUAUACUACGAGCAGUUUCUGCAGGCAGGAGCCUCCUCCCUGGACAGCCACACCAUCAGCCUGCAGCUCUCCAACUCCCUAGACCUCAUGGAGCUCAUUGAGCAGUACAACAUGCAGCUGGGCUGAGCCCACCUGCCCCGCUCCCCACGGACCUGGCACAGGCAGCAGGACCCAGCAGGACCACUGCAUCCCAGCCUCUGCAAACCAGCACCCCCCAGCCCAAGGACAGCUUCACCCAUGGACCAGUUCUGGAGCUCACACAUUGCUUUUCCCCUCUGUCGGCUUCUAGUGUGUGUUUUUGUGGAAUGUGGUAAUCUUCUGAUUUCUUUUCUGAGUUUUUA